AUGGACCAAAUUGGAGAACUACAAAAGUGGAAUUGGUGGUCAUCUUCCAUGGAAAUCGAAAUGCUGCAUUGGUGUUUUGUGGUUUGUUCUCCACUACCUGGCAUCUCCGGUAGCGAAAGUAGACGAAUUGAAGCAGUAUCUAGUCAAGACAUUAAAGUUCGACCGAGUAUGGAAGACGAUUGGGCUCAUCUUAACGAGGUUGACAAUCAAGUUGGGAAACAAAUAAACCAAAUGGAAUUUCACAUUCUUUCCUAA